GCCGCCAUGGCUCUGCGGUCCGAUGGCCUGGACGAGCUACCCGCAGCCUGCCUGUCGCCGUGCGGGCCGCCCAACCCGGCCGAGCUGUACAGCGAGGAGCGGCGCUUGGCGCUCGAGGAGCUGGUGGCGGGCGGCCCCGACGCUUUUGCGGCCUUCCUGCGACGCGAGCGCCUCGGCCGCUUCCUAAACCCCGACGAGGUGCGCGCCAUCCUAAGCGCGGCCGAGCGGCCCGGCGAGGAGGGCGCGGCAGCGGGGGCCGAGGACUCCUUCGGCUCGUCGCACGACUGCUCCUCUGGCACCUACUUCCCCGAGCAGUCGGACCUGGAGCCACCGCUGCUGGAGCUCGGCUGGCCCUCCUUCUAUCAGGGCGCCUACCGCGGGGCCACGCGCGUCGAGGCGCACUUCCAGCCCCGCGGCACGGGCGCCCGCGGCCCCUAUGGCUGCAAGGACGCGCUGCGCCAGCAGCUCCGCUCGGCGCGAGAGGUGAUUGCAGUGGUUAUGGAUGUUUUCACGGACAUCGACAUCUUCCGAGACCUGCAGGAAAUCUGUCGGAAACAGGGAGUUGCUGUCUACAUUCUUCUGGACCAGGCUCUGCUCUCUCAGUUUUUGGAUAUGUGCAUGGAUAUGAAAGUUCAUCCUGAAGAGGAAAAGCUGAUGACAGUUCGGACGAUUACAGGAAAUAUUUACUAUGCGAGGUCAGGAACUAAAAUUGUUGGGAAGGUUCAUGAAAAGUUCACACUGAUUGAUGGCAUUCGUGUGGCUACAGGCUCCUACAGUUUUACGUGGACGGACGGCAAAUUAAACAGCAGCAACCUGGUCAUUCUGUCCGGCCAAGUGGUUGAACAUUUUGACCUGGAGUUCCGAAUCCUGUACGCACAGUCAAAGCCCAUCAGCUCCAAACUCCUGUCCAGCUUCCGGAUCAGCGGUAGGUUUGACCAUCUCAUCGACCAGAAACCACUGUGCAAGGAGCUCACGUUGGGCAACCUGCUGCGGCUACGGCUGGCCAGGCUCUCGAGCACCCCCAGGAAGGCCGAGCCGGGCUGUGAGGAGGGCCAGGCAGAGGCCGGGCGCGAGGACUCCGAGGCCUCCACCAUCAGUGAGGAGGACGGCUUCAGCAGCCGCAGAGACAGGCCGGAGGGCGGGAGGGCGACCGAUGCCACCACUCAGACGGAGCCAGGAGAGGAGACGCCCGCCGUGAGCAUGAGUGACGUGGGGACACAGGCCAGCAUGGCCACGGCGUGCACUGGCACCCAGACUGCAGUUGCUACCAGGGUGGUGAGCUCCCAAACCGCGGUCCAGACCGCGUCAGCCACCACCCAGACUGACAUGGACGAGAAUGUUCUCUCCUUUCUGGGAACCCAGGCUGAAGAGGGGUCAGCAGUAUCAAAGGUGUCUGUGUCGCGAUCCUCCAGUUUGAGGUCUUCCGCCUCUCUGUCCUCCCAAGGCUCUGUGGCCAGUUCCACUGACUCCCAGACUUCCCUCAGAGCCAAUGAUGUCACACCUGGACACCCCAAGUACUGGAGCACCCCCCACUUGGAUCUGUGCUCUAGGGACUCAUUCAGAAAGUUGAAUAAAGAGAGGCAGUUUCACUUUGCCGGAAUCAGGUCCCGGCUCAACCACGCGCUGGCCAUGCUUUCCAGGAGAACGUUCCUUACUGAAAACUACCUCAGUUUUAAUUCUGGAAGUUUUGCCAGAUCAUCAGCUAAUUUGCUGGCUGUUAGAGAAAUCACGCUUUAUCCCUCCUAUCAGUGACUGCUCCACACGUUCAGGGCGCCUGGCUUCACCCAGGCUUGCAGUAGACAUCGUCGGAGCUUCCCGCUUUAUAGAAUGUCUCCUGUCCUAAUUGCCUUUCUUUCACCCUGAUUUUCUUUGAAUUCUGUAAACCAUACAUUAUUUUACAUGCUUUAUUUUUAUUUUGUUCUUAUCAUGUAUAAGCCAGGUCUUGGUUUUAUGGUUUAAACACUAUGGGUACAGUUCCUUUGCACGAUUUUAAUACUGAUCUCUCUUCAAGAGAAUGUUUCA